GCUGAGCGAGCAGAUUGUGUGCCUGGUGCCCUGCCCUGGAGGCAUCAUGGAGCUGCGGACGGAGCUCUUAAAAUCGAUCUGGUACGCCUUCACGGCUUUGGACGCCGAGAAAAGCGGCAAAGUCUCCAAAUCUCAGCUGAAAGUGCUUUCUCACAACCUCUACACUGUGCUUUGUAUUCCCCAUGAUCCUGUAGCUUUGGAAGAGCAUUUCAAAGAUGAUGAUGAUGGCCCAGUAUCAAGUCAGGGAUAUAUGCCAUAUCUCAACAAGUAUAUCUUGGACAAGGUAGCAGAAGGAGCUUUUGUCAAGGAGAGCUUUGAUGAACUUUGUUGGACAUUAACAGCAAAGAAGAAUUAUAAUCCAGAUAGGAAUGGGAACAGUGUUGUAUCCCAUGGAGAUGCUUUCAAACUAUGGUGCCUCUUUAACUUUCUCUCUGAAGACAAAUACCCACUUGUUAUGGUCCCAGAUGAGGUGGAAUACCUCUUGAAGAAGAUAUGUACAGCUAUGAGCAUUGAGCUUAAUAGUGGGGAAUUAGAUGACUAUUUUUCCCAAGAGACCCAGCAACAGAAUGGUUUGACAGUCUGGCAAUUUCUUGAUUUGGUAAACUCUGGCCGAUUACUGCGGGGAAUUGAGCGUGAGGCCAUUAGCAUGGCCAUUGAAGAGGUUUACCAGGAGAUCAUUGGGGAUGUGCUCAAACAGGGCUAUCUGUGGAAGAAAGGCCAUCUAAGAAGGAACUGGUGUGAGCGAUGGUUUACCCUGAAGCCCGGUGAUCUCUCAUAUUAUGUGAGUGAAGAACGUAAAGAAAAGAAAGGGAGCAUUUGUUUGGACAGAAAUUCAUGUGUGGAGAUUUUGCCUGAUAAAGAUGGGAAACGUUGUAUGUUCUGUGUGAAAACAUCUUCACGGACCUAUGAAAUGAGUGCCUCAGAUACCAAGCAAAGACAGGAGUGGACAUUGGCCAUCCAGAUGGCAAUCCGUCUCCAAGCAGAAGGUAAGAAGUCUCUGCACAAGGACUUAAAGCAGAAGAGGAGGGAGCAGCGGGAGCAGCGAGAACGAAAGAAGGCUGCCAAGGAAGAGGAAAUGCAACGCCUGAAGCAGCUUCAGGAAGAAAAGGAGCGCAAGCUGCAGGAAUUGGAGCUGCUCAAAGAGGCUCAGAAGCAAGCAGAACUUUUACUCCAGGAAGAAGAGCAACAGCGCCAGCAGCAACAUGAGGAGAUGCAGAAGAUGUUGGAAAUUCAGCUCCAGGAAGCAGAACAAGCUCGGGCUUCCAUGCAAGCAGAGAUGGUUCUGAAGGAGGCAGAGGCAGAACGUCAGCGCAAGCGCAUCGCAGAGCUGGAAGACAUGCAGCAACGACUCCAAGAUGCUCUGCAGCAGGAGAUUAAAGCUCGUCAAGAUGAAGAGUCUGUGAGAUAUGAACAGGCCAGAUUGCUGGCAGAGGAGGAGGAAAAACUGAAGCAGUUGAUGAAAUUGAAGGAAGAACAGGAAGAAUACAUUAUCAAGGCCCAACAUGAAAAACUGGCUCUCAAGCAAGAGAUGGAAAGCAAGAGCAAGUUUCUGGAAGAAACUAAACUGCAGUUGGAAGAAGUCAGAUUUAAUAGGGAGAGGAUGGACCAAGAUGUCAUGAUAGCCCAGCAGAAGCUCCAGCAAGCCAGCACCAAUGUAAAGCACUGGAAUAUUCAGAUGAACCGACUGAUGCACCCCAUUGCUCCAGGAGAAAAGCGUACCAUGACAAGCGGAGGAUUCCCUGGCUUUAAUCCUGCAAUCCUGUCCAAAAGAGAGUCAUCUGUCAAAUUGAAACAAAAUAUGGAAAAAAAGAAAUCUGAUCUUCAGAUGAAUGAAAGCAAAGAAAACGUAAAUGGAGAGACAGAGAAGCAGAUGCCGAUGCCAGAAAAAGACGAUUCUGGCUCAGAAAACCCUUGUUUAGCUUCGGAAGAAAAAUAAAUCCACUUAAUUGAAAUCUAGGGACCAGAAUAUAAGUGCCAUGGCAUCUUAAUGAUUAUUAUAGUUUAUAAAUAGUGAACAUAUGUAAAGAUUGUACAGGGAAGAAUUGUGAUGAUCUCUGCAGUUAAGCCACACAGUAUCCUGGCAGUUCGAUUUGUGUGCUAGAGUUAACCCUGAAGGUCUACACAUACACAUAUAAAUAUUGCUUCCUGAUUGAAACUUCAGAAGUAUGAUUUAAAUAUGCAAUUAUGGUUGCCCCAAAACAUGUUCUAUUUGGUUUCAGCAGAUGAAGAAGAGUUCUGGUAAUGCUGUAUCCUACUAUGGUAUUAAAAGUAACCACUGCUGUAAUAUGACAAGAAUUCUGUCAUUCUCUCUAAAAAAAAAUAAUAAUUGUAAAAUAUAUUGUCUGAACAAUUGAAAUGUGUUAUAAAAAUGGAGUCUUAUUCUUUUUGGCAGUGUCAUUAGUUAACUAUUUGUGUCAUUCAACUAACCUUGUAUUAUUAGUAAGUUGAAAGGAAACAAUCAGUUUAUGUAAUUUUUGAAAAUGUUAUGUCCCUAAUGUUAAUGAGACAAAUCAGCAUUUAAUAGAAAAGGUUACAAAGAUAGAAAUUUGAUGUUUGGUUUCAUUACUCUGCUGAUGUAUUCCAGUAUACAAUACAAACUUUUUAGCUGAACAUUUCAGUUGAAGUUCCAAAUUAAAACAUCCUAACAAAUGACUAUCCAGCCUGGAGAGGAGAGGCCAUUGUUUUCCUUGAUAAGUGGCUCCACCUUGUUUAAGUUUCCAUAGCUAAUAUUGAGAAAAAUGAAUCUUAAGAGCCAGCUAAGAAUUAUUUUGAAAGACAGGAGGCAAUGCAAAGCAGAUCUUAUUACAUAAAGGUCUGCAAACAUUGCUACUAUGUGUAAAGAUAAAAUUCUAAUCCCUGGCAUGUUUUUAAAAUUUCAGAUGCUUCAUAUUUAACUAAAUCACAACAAUCUGGAAAGUAAAAUACAAAAUAAACACAAUCUUAUUCCAUUGUUAUAUGAUGGAGAAAGAUUCAGAGAGUAGCUUUAAAAAAGUGGCGAGGCUACUGUUGCUUAUAGCAUAGCAAAUUAUCCUCCUUUAUAUUGUUCCCUUAUUGCUCUUAUCAAGCAAGGUUUUGAAGCAUGAUGAAAAUAUUAUAAAAUGUUUUGAAUCAGAACAGAUAUUAUGUAUAUCCUAUGAGUAAUAAUGACUUGAUACAUAUCUAUCAACUCUAAAAAACAAUUUCCAAUUCCUGCAGAAAUAAUUGUAUUCUGAAAUUGUCACAUUAGGUGGCAGCAGCUAGCUGUUUUUUGGCUGAUUUUACAAAGGUGAGAGAGUCUGAUCUAGUUAGGAUUUUGAUAGUUCAUCAAGAAAUUCAAGAAUUGUAGAUGAGACUGGGCAGUUGAAAAAAAACAUCCAUAUAAGAAGAAAAGGGAAGUAUUGUACCUCAUAAAUGUAGACUUAGUGUCUACGACAGGUGAGAUGGUAAAUACUUUCUAAAUUGUACAAAGGUAAUUGAAUAUUUUCAAUUUUUAGGGAGAAAAUCUUUCACAUGAUAAAUUAUAGGAAAGAUUAUUUCUAAUCUAAUGUUCACCUGAGCAUAUUAACUUUGUAAGUGCAAGGACAGUCUGGCACUUUAGCUUGGCAUAAAAUAGAUUGAGAAAUCAGUCUGCUCAUUACAGAUAAUUGUUGUGAUUAUGGUGAUGAUGAUGAUGAUGAUGAAAUAGCUGCUAGUAUAUCACACAACAUUUUGCAGCAUUGUAGGUCUUUCUUUUUGUGUUUGUCCCUCUCAAAUAAUUCAAACUGUACAGUAUUUGCUGUUUAGUCUUUUCUGCUUGAUUUUCCUUUCUGUACAUCAUCUCCAUGUUACAAAUAUAUGGAAUAUGACAGAA